UAUUGUUUUGGUUUUGGCAUGCCACAAGUACAAAAUCGGCAUCGUCGUGGUGAGAGAGAAUAUUAUUGAACUGACUACUCAGCUUCCAAAGAUAGAUUCUUAAUGAAAUGCUGUGUCUUCCUUUGGGCUAUCUGAGCAAUUCCAGACCGUAGUUCUGUGGCUGACUAAAAGAAAGUUUUAAGGAAUUUAUGCUGUGCACCAGUCCUGUGGUUGUAAGACGCUUACAUGGAUCAAGUUUUGUCUCCUGUGUCAAAGUGAUAUGCUCAAACAGUUUUGUCUCAAAAUGUCAAGAAAAGCGCUUUGGUGUAGUUGAGACAUCUUCGUUCCAGAAAUAUCUAUCGAGGUACAGCUGCCAUGAUGCCCUUUGUGCAAAAAAGUUAAAUGGUCCAACAGACUUUCUUGCUAAAAGAAAGCUAUUGUCACUUUCAGUUCCGUAUUCUUCUCACAGUAUUAGUUACAGUAAUAUAAUAAUUAUGGCUGACAAUAAAUAUGUCGUUGGUUAUGCCAAACUGGGUACUUCGAGCUGCAAGAAAUGCAAACAGAAAAUUGAAAAAGGAGCACUGCGAAUUGGCAAAGUGACACCAAACCCAUUCUCGGAAGAUGGAGGUGACAUGAAGCAGUGGUUUCAUCCAGCCUGCAUCUUUGAGACUUUUGUUCGAGCAAGAGCUACAACAAAGAAAAUUGAAGAUCCAGAGGAUGCAGAAGGCUUUGGGGAUCUGAAGCCAGAGGAUAAAGAUGUGAUCAAGAAACUGAUUGAUGAGUAUCUUUCAAAAACUGGCAACAAACCAUCUCCAAAACCAAAGAAAGCAGUUCAGGCAACUCUUCCUGGGGCUUCACCCGCGAAAGCAGAUGCACCAUCGUCAUCAAGCGACUCUGCACCAUCCUCAAGCAGAACUCCUAGUAAACCAUCAACAUCUUCUGCUGCUGAUGGUGAAGAUCCAAAUGCAGAAAAGGACAACUCUUUCCGACAGUUCCGCAGACUCUGUGCUGACAUCGCUGAAGAAAAUAGCUACCUGGGCAAGACAAAACUAGUGAAGAGCUACAUCACGAAAGGGCACAGUGGAGAUGGCUUCCAAGGUAAUUUGUACCUUUUAAUGAAACUGCUGCUGCCUGGUGUUGUGAAGACAGUCUACAACCUUAACAGCAAGCAGCUUGUGAAACUUUUCAGCCAGAUCCUGGCCACAAAUCUGUCACGGAUGAUAGAAGACUUGGAUCAGGGUGAUGUUGCUGAAACAAUACGCAUAUUCUUCGAGGAAAGCAAAGUGUUUGUGCCGCAGAAGAAGAGCACUCUGAGUCUCACAGAGGUUGACCAGUACUUGUCAGACCUGGCACAAGUGACAAAAGAGGAUGACCAGCAGAAAGUGCUGACCAAAAUAACCAAAAGGUGCACAGCCAACGACUUGAAGAUGGUGGUGAGGCUGAUCAAGCAUGACUUGAGAAUCAACGCCGGCGCCAAGCACAUACUGGAUGGCUUAGAUGAGAAUGCUUAUGCAGCUUUUCAAGCUUCCCGGGAUCUGGGAGAUGUGGUGGACCGAGUGCUGGAGCAACAGACAGGGAGUGGAGACAAACCGGGUCUGAAGAAAAAGCUGAGCGUGCGGGCGGCGCUCAUGACCCCGGUGUUGCCUAUGUUGGCUGAGGCAUGUAGGUCUGUAGAACAGGCCAUGAAGAAAUGCCCCAAUGGAUUCUACGCUGAAAUCAAGUAUGAUGGGGAGAGAGUCCAAAUCCACAAAAAGGGCAACGAUUUCCGCUACUUCAGCAGAUCCUUAAAGCCCGUGCUUGAUCACAAGGUGAAGCACUUCAAAGAGUACAUUCCCAAAGCUUUCCCCACUGGCUCCAAUUUGAUUCUGGAUGCGGAAGUUCUGUUAGUAGAUACCAACACUGGGAACCCCUUGCCUUUUGGAACUUUAGGAGUGCACAAGAAAGCAGCUUUUCAAGAUGCUCAAGUGUGCCUGUACAUCUUUGACUGCCUGCUGAUAAAUGAUGAGAAUCUCAUGGAUAGAUCGAUCAAAGAGAGAAGAAAAAUCUUGGAAAAGAAUAUGUCUGUUGUGAAAAAUCGGGUGAACUUAUCAGAGAUUAAACGCAUAACGAAACCGGGUGAUCUCCAGGACUUGAUGUCUCGUGUGUUCAAAGAGGGACUGGAAGGUCUGGUUCUCAAAGAUGUCAAUAGUAUUUACGAACCAGGCAAGCGUCACUGGAUGAAAGUGAAAAAGGACUAUCUGCACCAGGGCAGCAUGGCAGACUCUGCUGAUCUGGUGGUGCUCGGGGCUUAUUUUGGCACAGGGAACAAAGGUGGCAUCAUGUCCAUAUUUCUGAUGGGCGUGUAUGACCCAGACGCUGGCCGCUGGGUGACCGUGUCCAAGUGUGGCUCGGGCCUGGACGACAAGAUGCUGGAGACUCUGAACAAAGAGCUGGACAUGGUCAAGAUCAGCAAAGACUUCUCUAAGGUGCCAAAGUGGUUGCAUAUCAACAAGCCGCUGACUCCAGAUUUUGUUGUGGCUGACCCCAAGAAGUCACCAGUUUGGGAAAUCAUUGGUGCUGAGUUCAGCAAAGCAGAGAUCCACACAGCCAAUGGGAUAUCUAUCCGCUUCCCUCGAGUACAGAAAAUACGAGAUGAUAAGACCUGGAAAGAGGCAACGGACCUUCCAAGAUUAAAGAAAUUGUUUGCCGAGUCCAAGGAGAAGGCAGACAGUGAUUUGAUGAGAGCAAUGGGCAAAGGAGGUGAUGAUGAUAAUGAUGACGGUGGCAGCGAGACGGAAGACGAUGGUGAUAAUAGUGGAGAGGAAAACGGAAGAAAUGGAGAUGCCACUGGUGCGACAAGAAUAAGCACGCCUGGCAAAAAGGGAGAGAAGCGACGUGCCAGCGAUGAUGUGAGCGAGGAGAGUUCUCCGCCCAAAAAGCAGGCUAACCCCAUGGGCAAGUACGGGGCCAGCUGCCAUCAGAAGAGGGGCAAACAUACGGAGGAGUUCCGGCACCCAGAGAGUAGCUCGGCCGACACAGCUUCGUCUGGGGGCUCCUCCAGUCAGACAGCGGGGAGUGCUUCGGGACUGCCGGCAGUGUUCCACGGGUGCAAGAUCGUUCUGCCAUCCUCUGUGGAGAGAUUCCGUGAUCUGAAGCGUUACAUCUUGGCCUUUGACGGGGACUUGCUGCACCAGUUUGAGGCCAGCUCAGCCACACACAUUGUUGUGGCCCCGGGGAGUGAGCCCCCCAGUGUGAGUAGCAAGGUGCCUCGUGUGAGUCCUCGGUGGCUGUGGUCGUGCAUCCGCAGGAGGCAACUGGUGGACACAGCUCCCUACAAGACGUAGUGUGGUCGUUUGAAUGGCUUAGUUAAUUAAUGCUGGAUCGAUGAUAACAACAUCAGCAACACUGGACUGAUUGAAUGAGUUUAUGAUGUGGAUAGGAUAGGACGAAUCUACUUUCAGGACGUCCCAACUAGGUAUUGAACAUAGGGACCCUCAGCAGGUUAUUCUUAAUGGUAGACAAGGCCGCAAGUGAAAACUAUUCAAACUUUUCAAAAAGAAAAAAAAAUUAGACUUAUGCCUUUUUAGAAUUCUGAAUUUGUUUUAAAUAUUGAAAGUUGAAAGUAUUUUCAUUCCUUGUUUGUCCAUGAUUGCUCAUGAGUGCAUGCAUAGAGGACAUCAUGGUCCAUUGUAGAAUGUCAUCUAUUUAAAUCUUCAUUGUAGUAGACAGGUAGCCCCCACUCCCCAUGGAAUGUUUGAAUACAAAUGUAUUUAAGAGAAAGAAAAUAAAGAGAUAUGAACAAAAAUUUGUA